GCCAACCUCAUCCAGGACAUGGGACAACGUCUCAAUGUCUCUCAGCUUACAAUAAACACUGCAAUUGUUUAUAUGCACAGAUUUUAUAUGCACCAUUCUUUCACCAAAUUCAAUAGAAAUAUGCAGAAACUGAGCCACAAAGAGAGUAAGUAAUUUGCCUAGGCUAGUCAGAUAACAGAGCCAGGAUUCCACUGAGGCAGUCUGACUACUGUGCUACAGCUGUGUUCAUCACCUCUGCCUCCCCCUCUCCAUGAUUUAUAUGCCCUGAUGGAGUAAAAUGUUUGCAGGCUGUAGAGGAGGAAAUGUGAAUGGAGUUAGUGGAUUUCACCAGGAACUUUGGAAGAGUGUUGGGUAUAAUUAGUGUUGCACUGGAGGAGGAUGAGAAUUGAGCCCUAUUUAGAGGGAACAGAAAGACUUCUUUGAGGAGUGUGGAUAAUAUCACCUACUGCAUUAUUUUUGGCUGCAAAAGUGGAAGAACAGGCUCGAAAACUUGAACAUGUUAUCAAAGUAGCACAUGCUUGUCUUCAUCCCCUAGAGCCACUGCUGGAUACUAAAUGUGAUGCUUACCUUCAACAGACUCAAGAACUGGUUUUACUUGAAACCAUAAUGCUACAAACCCUAGGUUUUGAGAUCACCAUUGAACACCCACACACAGAUGUGGUGAAAUGUACCCAGUUAGUAAGAGCAAGCAAGGAUUUGGCACAGACAUCCUAUUUCAUGGCUACCAACAGUCUACAUCUUACAACCUUCUGUCUUCAGUACAAACCAACAGUGAUAGCAUGUGUAUGCAUUCAUUUGGCUUGCAAAUGGUCCAAUUGGGAGAUUCCUGUGUCAACUGAUGGAAAACAUUGGUGGGAAUAUGUGGAUCCUACAGUUACUCUAGAAUUACUAGAUGAGUUAACACAUGAGUUUCUACAAAUAUUGGAGAAAACGCCUAGUAGGUUGAAGAGGAUUCGAAACUGGAGGGCUAAUCAGGCGGCCAAGAAACCAAAAGUAGAUGGACAAGUAUCAGAAACGCCACUUCUUGGUUCAUCUUUGGUCCAGAAUUCCAUUUUAGUAGAUAGUGUUACUGGUGUGCCUACAAACCCAAGUUUUCAGAAACCAUCUACAUCAGCAUUCCCUGCACCAGUACCUCUCAAUUCAGGAAAUAUUUCUGUUCAAGACAGCCAUACAUCUGAUAAUUUGUCAAUGCUAGCAACAGGAAUACCAAGUACCUCAUAUGGUUUGUCAUCACACCAAGAAUGGCCUCAACACCAAGAAUCAGCAAGGACAGAACAGAUGUAUUCACAGAAACAGGAGACAUCUUUGUCUAGUAGCCAGUACAGCAUCAACUUUCAGCAGGGACCUUCUGUGUCACUGCAUUCAGGAUUACAUCACAGACCUGACAAAAUUUCUGAUCAUUCUUCUAUUAAGCAAGAAUAUACUCAUAAAGCAGGGAGCAGUAAACACCAUGGGCCAAUUUCUGCUACUCCUGGAGUAAUUCCUCAGAAAAUGUCUUUAGAUAAAUAUAGAGAAAAACGUAAGCUAGAAACUCUUGAUCUGGAUGUAAGAGAUCAUUAUAUAGCUGCCCAGGUAGAACAGCAACACAAACACGUGCAGUCACAGGCAGCCAGCAGCAGUUCUGUAACUUCUCCCAUUAAAAUGAAAAUUCCCAUCACAAAUACUGAAAAACCUGAAAAAUACAUGGCAGAUAAGAAGGAAAAGAGUGGAUCGCUGAAAUUACGGAUUCCAAUACCCCCCACUGAUAAAAGUGCCAGUAAAGAAGAACUGAAAAUGAAGAUAAAAGUCUCUUCCUCAGAAAGACACAGCUCUUCCGAUGAAAGCAGUGGGAAGAGCAAGCAUUCCAGCCCACACAUUAGCAGAGACCAUAAGGAGAAGCACAAGGAGCAUCCCUCCAACCGCCACCACCCCAGCAGCCACAAGCAUUCCCACUCACAUAGUGGCAGCAGCAGUGGUGGCAGCAAACACAGUGCUGAUGGAAUACCACCCACUGUUCUGAGGAGUCCUGUUGGCCUGAGCAGUGAUGGCAUUUCUUCUAGUUCCAGCUCUUCAAGGAAGAAGCUGCAUAUCAAUGAUGCAUCUCACAACCACCACUCCAAAAUGAGCAAAAGUUCCAAAAGUUCAGGUAGUUCAUCUAGUUCUUCCUCCUCUGUUAAGCAGUAUAUAUCCUCUCACAACUCUGUUUUUAACCAUCCCUUACCCCCUCCUCCCCCUGUCACAUACCAGGUGGGCUACGGACAUCUCAGCACCCUCGUGAAACUGGACAAGAAGCCAGUGGAGACCAACGGUCCUGAUGUCAAUCACGAGUACAGUACAAACAGCCAGCAUAUGGACUACAAAGACACAUUCGACAUGCUGGACUCGCUGUUAAGUGCCCAAGGAAUGAACAUGUAAUACAUUUGUUUAGGUCAAUUUUUCCUUUACUUUUUUAAUUUAAAAAUUGUUAGAGUGGAAACUUCCUCCUGAUCUAGCAGUGGUAACACCUGCUGUUGCUGCCACUGCUUCAAUAUUUGUAAGUGCUGCUUUAUUCUUCAUUCUGAAAAGAAGAGAUUAUAGUAAACAAGUCUUUAUCUCCACAUAUGAUAGUGUUAUAAAUACUGUAAAAGCAUGGAAGGUGCGAAACUCAGUAUUUCUACAAUUGCAGCUAAGAACAUUAGGAUGAAUGGCUGGCUGCUUUUAGAAAUAUAAGAUGCCUCAAGCAUUCGUUAUUUAUAAUUUGAAUACUGUAGCUAUUUGUUGUUGUUGCUUGGCUUUUUGAAUGAGUGUAAAUUGUUUUCUUUUGUGUAUUUAUAUUUGUAUGUAUGAUUUGCAUGUUUCAAUGAUAAAGGGAUAAAACAGUAUACUGACAACUGUUUACAAGAAAGUGGAGAAAAAUGUACAUACAUUUUUGUAUGUUUAGAUAUUACCAUAAAUACUCAGGAUUGGAGCUGCUUGUAAGUAUAACAAUAUACAAAAUAACUUUA